AUGGAUAUUCCUGCAGCCGCGAAUGUGCUAGGGACCUUGGGCGCGGUGUGUUGGUCCACCCAACUGAUACCUCAGAUCAUCAUCAACUACCGCCGACACAAUGCCGUUGGUCUUCAACCUACGAUGAUGAUGCUCUGGGCAUGGGCAGGUGUUCCCUUGGGCGUGUAUAACAUCGUGGAAGAGUUCAACAUUGCUUUGCGCAUUCAGCCUCAGAUUCUGACACUCCUGAGCCUCUUGACGUGGAUCCAGUGCUACUACUACGAGAAGAGCUGGUCUGUUCUCCGCUCUCUUGCCCUUGUUAUCCCCGUUGCCUGCCUUAUGGGCGGCGUCCAGGCUGCUCUCAUUAUAGCUCUUCGCCACGCAAAGGAGAGAGAUCUCGAAUGGCCGCUGAUCCUGAUGGCCGUACUCGCUGCCACCUUACUCGCAGCAGGCGUAGGGAGACAUUAUGUUGACAUCUAUCUUCACCGUACAGUGAGAGGCAUCUCGUUCAUCUUUGUGGGGCUUGACGCUCUUGGAGAUGUAUUCUCCUUGCUGUCUGUCAUCUUCCACUCCAAGCUGGAUAUCCUGGGCAUGGUUAUCUAUGCUACUGAGUUGGUGCUAUGGACUGGCAUCUUCGCGUGUGGAGCGUAUUAUAAUCUCGUGCCCUGGGUGAAAGAGAAGCGCAACAGGGGCAGCAGUUCUUCUGCAGCAAACAGUGGUCCACAAACUGGCGAGAGAGCUACUGGGACCGCAAACACCACCGGCAUUACGCUGCACGACAUGCCGUCCAGCACCUCGGUAUUCAGGACGACUUCUGCGGAGAUCGAGAUGCAUAGACAGCGCAGUGUGAGCUCGCGGAUAAGCGGUGUGGCUCACCUACCUUCGAGACCUGCGUAG